UUUCAAUCAUAACCCAGAGCAGCACAGCCUUUUCACCUCUGCUUUUGGUGGACACUCUCUGAGCAGGGUCCCCAUCAAGGCCUCAGCAAGAACAGACAAGACUGGGACUCUACAUCCUCUGACCCACAGCCCACCUCCCAGUGAAAGAACCCUGAUGACCACCAAGGGUCCUGUUCUACCAUGGGAUCCCCCACAUUCUAUCUCAGGCUCUUCAUCAGCAUCACCUGCCUGGUCACUCUAUUGUUCUUUCUGAAUGAGGAUGGGUGGGGUCUAUACACUGACAGAGACAGAAGCCACAACGUCAUCACAGGGAACCUCACCAUCCUCCUGUGGCACUGGCCCUUCGGCCCAUCCUACAGCCUGGAGGGAGAUGUGUGCUGGGACAGGUACCGUAUCCCUGGCUGCCGCCUGGUGGACCAACGCUCCCUCUACCCCAGCGCUGACCUGGUGGUCUUUCACCACAGAGAGCUGAUGAUGGGCCAGGAGCGGCUGCCGCUCCAUCUCCCCCGGCCGAGGCACCAGAAGUGGGUCUGGCUCUCCCUGGAGUCCCCUGACAACAGUGGAGACCUGAAGCCCUUCAAUAACAUGUUCAACUGGACCAUGUCCUACCGCCGCGAUGCCGAUAUCACCAUACCUUAUGGAACGCUGCUGCCGAAGGACGGAGAUACUGGUAAUGAUAGCACAGAGGACGUCAUUCCUAAAGAUAAGUCCCUUCUGGCCUGCUGGGUGGUUAGUCACUAUGAGCCCCAGCACAGGAGGAGCUUGGUGUACAAGAGCCUAAGCGGAAGCAUCCCAGUGGAGGUAUAUGGGCGAUUGAACGGGAGAGUACUGGCCCCCGGCGACCUGCUGUACACCAUCUCACACUGCUACUUCUACCUGGCCUUUGAGAACUCCAUCUCCAAGGAUUACAUCACAGAGAAACUCUGGCGGAAUGCUUACCAGGCAGGGGCGGUGCCUGUGGUUCUGGGUCCGCCUCCAGAUGACUACAUGGCUGUGGCCCCACCCAACUCCUUCAUCCACAUUGAGGACUUUCCAUCCACUAAGGAGCUGGGGAACUAUCUCCGCCAGCUAAUGCUGGACAAGGAGAGAUAUGCUGGGUACUUUGCGUGGCGGCGUAGCCAUCGGGUGAAAGUGUACACAGACUGGCGGGAGAGGCUGUGUAGCAUCUGCCCCCAGUAUCACAUCCUGCCUGCUCAGAAGGUGUACUAUGACCUGGAGGCAUGGGUCAGGUGACACCAAGCCCACUGAGAUCCUCAAAUACUUUCUACAUCCCAAAUGGGAUCCUAGUCCCUACAGUUCACUACUUUUGAACAAGGCCCAUAAGUACACCACCUUGUAAAAAAUGUACAGCUUCAAGAGUUGGUCCUCUAUGGCCAGUGCUUUUCACAUACAUGGAGAUGUUUCAAUGAGUCAGUAAACCACACGUUUGGGUCACAGGACUGUAAACCGCUAGUGUUUUCACUUCCACAUUCAGACCACUCCCAGCAAAAUUCUUGCUUGAGAAUUUGCUCGUUGUUGACCAUUUUAAUUGAAAACACAGUAAGGUACUUAAUCAUUACCCAGAAAUUAUUUGGUAUUGAGAUAAAACCGCUGCAUUGGACCGAAGCAAUGUGUUACAUUGUGUUAAAGUACCGAACUAUAUUCAGUGCAGGAGUUUUAAUAGGAAAAGGGAAUAUAGCAAUCCAAACAAUAACACUUGUGUAUAAUGUGUGGAUAUGACAUUGAACUUAUUGCAAGGCUUU